AUAUAAAUACAUGCACACACAGUGCAGCGCGUGCCACCCACCUACCUCUUCUUCUUCUUCUUCUUCAUUCAGUUUUCCACGCUUUUCAUCACAUAGGUUUAUACACAGGACGUCAUCAUGGAGGACUAUCACAAACCCGAUAAACACACACUGCAAGAGCUGAGAAACAGCGCGAACCGACUCCGAAUCAAUUCCAUAAAAGCGACCACUGCAGCCGGCAGCGGGCACCCAACAUCAUGUUGCAGUGCAGCAGAGAUCAUGUCUGUGCUGUUCUUUCACACCAUGAAAUACAGACCUGAUGACCCUCGCAAUCCCAGCUACGACCGCUUUGUUCUGUCCAAGGGUCAUGCUGCUCCUGUGCUCUAUGCUGCCUGGGCAGAAGCAGGUUACAUCCAAGAGAGCAAGCUGCUUGGCCUCCGAAAGAUUGACUCCAUCCUGGAGGGCCACCCAGUUCCAAAACAGCAGUUUGUGGACGUGGCCACAGGUUCUCUUGGGCAAGGACUUGGCGCUGCAUGUGGGAUGGCCUAUACUGGAAAAUACUUUGACAAGGCGAGUUACCGUGUGUACUGCUUACUGGGUGAUGGUGAGCUGUCUGAGGGCUCAGUGUGGGAGGCUAUGGCCUUUGCUUCCUUCUAUCAGUUGAACAACUUGGUGGCUAUUCUGGACAUCAACCGCCUUGGCCAGAGCGACCCUGCACCCCUGCAGCACCAUGUGGGGAAGUACAAGAAACGCUGCAAGGCCUUCGGAUGGCAUACUGUCAUUGUGGAUGGCCACAGUGUGGAGGAGCUGUGUAAGGUUCUGUCUGAACGCCAUGAGCAGCCCACUGCCAUUGUUGCCCAAACCAUUAAGGGCAAAGGCAUUCCAGCCACAGAGGAUAAGAUGGGUUGGCAUGGUAAACCCCUGCCUAAGGACAUGGCUGAGAGUGUAAUAAAGGAUCUACAAAGUCAGAUUACGAGUGGCAGCAAGCUGUCUCCUCUUACACCAACUGAAGACGCACCUCCCGUCAGCCUGAAAAACAUCCACAUGCCCAGUGAACCCAGCUACAAACUCGGAGAGAAGAUCGCUACAAGGAAGGCCUAUGGACUGGCUCUUGCAAAACUCGGCCGUUCCAACGAGCGCAUUGUUGUCAUGGACGCGGACACAAAGAAUUCCACCUUUUCUGAGAUCUACAAGAAUGAAUUUCCUCACCGCUAUGUGGAGUGCUACAUCGCAGAGCAGAAUAUGGUGAGUGUAGCAGUCGGCUGUGCAGCUCGAGACCGCAACGUUGUUUUUGCCUCCACGUUUGCCACAUUCUUCACUCGAGCCUAUGACCAGUUGCGCAUGGCUGCCAUCUCGGAGAGCAACAUCAACCUCUGCGGCUCACACUGUGGCGUUUCCAUCGGAGAGGAUGGUCCCUCUCAGAUGGCACUGGAAGACUUGGCGAUGUUUAGAGCCAUUCCCACAGCCACUGUGUUCUACCCGAGUGAUGCCGUGUCCACUGAGAAAGCAGUGGAGCUGGCUGCUAACACGAAGGGUAUUUGCUUCAUCCGAACCAGUCGCCCUGAAAAUCCUGUAAUCUACAACAGCAAUGAAGAGUUCCGUGUAGGCCAGGCGAAGGUUGUGUACAAGACUAGCAACGACCAGGUCACUGUGAUUGGAGCUGCUGUAACUCUGCACGAGGCUCUUGAUGCAGCUGAGCAGCUGAAGAAAGAGGGCAUUAACAUUCGAGUGAUUGACUUAUUCACUAUUAAACCCCUGGACUCAAAGACAAUUAUUGAAAAUGCCCGGGCCACAGGGGGUCGCAUCAUCACUGUAGAGGAUCACUACCAUGAAGGUGGUCUGGGAGAGGCCGUUUGUUCAGCAGUGGUGAAUGAAUACGACUUCACCGUGCAGCGCCUUGCUGUGUCUCAUGUGCCACACAGCGGGAAACCCAGAGAGCUGCUCAAACUGUUCAAUAUCGACUGCGACGCCAUUGUUCAGGCCGUGAAGAAGAUAAUCAAUGAUACUGCCAACAAGAAGUAACAAAGAAUAAGCAGGGUCACGGAAACAAAAUAGUGAGAGGAGAGAAAGAAAGAAACAGAUGUUUAGUUGCUCUAAAUCAUGGAAACUGGAUUUGUGUUAUAAUUAUCUUCAUCUUUUAUGUUGAAUGGUGUGAACUGGUGAAAUAACAAACCUUACUAAAGUUCACGUUAUAUUACUUUAAUCAGCUGGACAUCAAGACAAUCUGGUGCUUUUUGUCAAUAAAUAUGACUACGAAUUGCGUACUUUCACAUAAAAGAGGCGUUUGACUGGCAUUUCAAACAGCCGACCACGUUUACUCUCCACCGUUUCAAACAAAUGUUUUGAAUAACAUUUAAAGAUGUGAUUCUGACAAAAAAAUCCUUAGGUCCAGUGACUAUAUCUUGCUCCAAAAGCUCACUGAGACAUAGUGUACAAGGUUUGCAACCUGUAUAUAUAAGUGCAUAUGUAUGAAAGUACAGGUAGCCAAUCAGAUUGCAUCCUUGAAGAUUCUAAAGCCCGUGGCCAGAAAAGUGUACAAAAGUUAUCAGACGCUUAAGCUGAGUAUGAGAUUAACAUUACACUGAAAUCUAUAGGUGUGAAUUUAUGAUUAAAUGAAACUUUUUUUAUUGUUUACUGUCACUAGCAUGGUUUUAUCCUUUAACACUGGGUUGAUCAACAAUGUGAAUUCUGAUUUCACUCUCUACUGAACCUGAAUCCAUGAGAAAUCAGUGUUGAUGAAGCAAUAAACGCAUUGGGAAGCACACAACAUAAACUCAAAGAUCUUUUUUUUCAAAAGCUAUUGAAGGAAAAAGCCAUUUCAUUUGGUAAAGUAUUUAAGGUUUCAUACUUUUUUCAGAUUAAAUAUAAUUUGAAAUGAAAAUAUGAGACUAUAUUUAAAUACCCUGAAGCAACUUUUUGCUAGUCUGCACUAGACUCCAGGAUGAAUAAACACCUGCUUCUGGUC